GCAGAGAAUGAAUAAGAGGCCAGCGGCAGAGGGAAUCUUCUGAAAGAAUCUUUUGUGCAUGCCUCAGAAUCGGGUAUGUUGACCUGAAGAAAUCCUUAAGAUGAAUACAGGAAAAACAUGGCAGAAAAUAUCUACUCUAAUGAGGCCAAAGUAGCCAGUUACAGACAAAAUGACUAUUCCCAUGCUGCAACUUUCUCCUUACCGGCAUUUACUGGCCCGCCUCUCCAGAGUGCAUUCCCCAAGGCUCCGUCACUCACAUCACCCUGCACCCGGGUCCCCAGGUGCUCUGCCAAACUCUUCUGGACACCAUUGUACUAAGAGGGUACUACUGUCUGACGCCUUCAGGAGAACAUUAUGUGUCCAGGCAACCUUGAAGGACCACACAGAAGGACUUUCUGAUAAAGAACAAAGAUUUGUGGAUAGACUUUAUAUGGGUUUAGUUCAAGGGCAGAGAGCUUGCCUAGCAGAGGCUAUAACUCUCGUGGAGUCAACUCACACCAGGAAGAAGGAGCUGGCUCAGGUGCUUCUCCAGAGAGUCUUAGCCCACCAGCGGGAGCAGGAGCUGCAGAACCAAGGAAAGCCACUCACAUUUCGAGUAGGAUUGUCUGGGCCCCCUGGUGCAGGAAAAUCAACCUUCAUAGAAUGUUUUGGGAAGAUGCUGACUGAGCAAGGACACAGAUUGUCUGUGCUAGCUGUGGACCCAUCUUCUUGCACCAGUGGUGGGUCCCUCUUAGGUGAUAAAACCCGGAUGAUUGAGCUGUCAAGAGAUAUGAAUGCAUACAUCAGGCCAUCUCCUACCAGUGGAACUCUAGGAGGCGUGACAAGGACCACAAAUGAAGCCAUUGUGUUGUGUGAAGGAGGGGGCUAUGAUAUCAUUCUUAUUGAAACUGUCGGUGUGGGGCAGUCGGAGUUUGCUGUUGCUGACAUGGUUGAUAUGUUUGUUUUGUUGCUGCCGCCAGCAGGAGGGGAUGAACUGCAGGGCAUCAAAAGAGGUAUAAUUGAAAUGGCAGACUUGGUCGUUAUAACUAAGUCUGAUGGGGACUUGGUUGUGCCAGCCCGCCGGAUCCAAGCAGAGUACGUGAGCGCACUCAAAUUGCUCCGUAGCCGCUCGGAAGUCUGGAGGCCAAAGGUGAUUCGUAUUUCUGCCAAAAGUGGAGAGGGCAUUACUGAGAUGUGGGACAUGAUGAGAGAGUUUCAGCACCGAAUGCUGGCCAGUGGGGAGCUGGCCGCCAAGAGACAGACACAGCACAAAGUCUGGAUGUGGAAUCUCAUUCAGGAAAACGUCUUAGAAUACUUCAAGACCCAUCCCAGCAUCCGAGAACAGAUUCCUCUGAUGGAGAGAGAGGUUCUCAGUGGAGCCCUCUCCCCAGGAAGAGCAGCAGACUUAUUGUUGAAAGCUUUUAAAAGCAGACACUAAUAAAUUUAUCCUGUGCAAUCAC